CGCCUACUACUACUAAUGAGAAAGAUUCGUAUUUUUGCCAGCUUCAAUUACUGGCUAUGUAUAUUUUCGUAAUUCGAAAAUAAUUAUUUACUUCAAGAAAUAGGAACUAGGAUAAAUGUGUCUUUCAAAAGAAGUGUUAUGGUGGUAUGAGGUUGGCUGUUCCCAUCGUUCUAUACUCGUCCUGCCCAUGGAAUGGCAAAACUAAAGACUACUAGACUAGCCUACUGCGGCUUGGUUCCAGCUGGUCGUCCACUGGAAUAUUCAGCACCUUUUGACCAAGAUUAUACAGUACAAGAAGAUAAGAAGCUGAGUUGCAUAGGGAAUCAGCAUAUCAUGCUACCACCUGUCAGUUGGACUUUUUAUAGUAAUAUGUACAAUGUCAUCUGAGUCUGGAUCUUCAGACGUUUGUGCUGUACACAACUGUACAAACAGCAAGCAAACAAGACAUGAUCUGUCGUUUUUCAGAUUUCCAACAGAUGAAGAUAGAUGCAGGCAGUGGCUUAUGAAAUGUUGCCAACCAGAUUUAGAAGUGAAGAAUACAAAAUAUUUAUGCAACAACUGCCGUAUAUGUUUGGAUCAUUUUGAGGACAGUCAGUUUAUGAACGUAAUCUUAAAGAAUAAGUUGCUUUGGAAUGCGUUACCAACCGUAUUCAACGAUCCAAAUGCUCUUGAAGUACAAGAGGCAAAGAUUUUGGAACCUGAGCCUCCUUCUCCUGUAACAAACAUUCAACAGGUUUAUGAAAAUAUGACAGAGAGAAUUGGGUACAAGAAGUUAAUGGAGGAAGGUGAUAGUGGAUGAAAUGGAGAGGAAGUUACGACAUUCUCAUGAAGUUGAACCCCAAAAUACAGUUCCUGGCAUUUGCAUAGAGAUAGGGAAAGAGGACUUCAGGUAUAUAGUAAGAGGUGGCAAUAAUAAUGUCACAGAAACAAGUGAAGAUCUCAGAAUUAUAAUUAAGGAAGAAAUUGAAGAGGCAGAGAAUUUCCCAUGUGCCACAAAUAAGAUGAAAAAUAGUGGAGUGGAAGAAAAACUCAGAACUGACAGCUCAGUUUCCUUGUGGAAUAAUAUAAGAAAUGAGCCUAAUUUUGUAGUGGAAACCAUACAGAAUGGCAAGAGAUCUAGAAUAUUGAAAACAGGUGAAUUUGAGUUUGUUCUGGUUAAGGGAGAUUUGACACCCAGUGCUCUCAGAUACAUCAUAAAAGAAAUGCAAAGUAAUACGGUGAGAGAUAGAGAAGUCAUAUAUAUAAAAACAGAGGACAGUGGCAGAGAUGCUGAUAAUCCUCAUUAUGCUUACAAUAAAACUCAAGACUCCAGAGUUUUAAAGAAGUUAAGGAUAGACACUGGUCCUGUACUUUACAAUGACCAAGGGAAACGUAGUUUUAUGCACAAAACUCAAUGUGACAAUAAGAGAUCAAGAACUUUCAAGACUGGUCUAUUUGAGUGUAUUCUUGUGGAUGGUGGUAUGACACCUGGUGCAUUUGAAAUAAAGGCAGAAAGUGCGGGACAGUAUGCUACUAUUACUGAGGUGGAUCCUCUUGCGAUUUGAUAUUGAGCUGUGAAGGAGUGCAUCUUUGCCGAUGUUUGAUACCCAAAUGACUGUGAGAAACCAUUCUAUCUAUGUAUGCAGUAUUAGCUGGAACAGCUUUUUUAUAGUAAAAACUACUAUGGAUUGCCAAAUGAAGACGGGAGUUGUACAAUUCAAUUUUGUCCUGUGAUUCUGCACAGAUUUAUGUUAAGUAUGAUAGCCAAAUGGUAUUUCUUUAAGAGUUUCUGUUGUUUUGUUUUGUUGAUAUCUUGUAUUGUUUAAGAAAUGUUAGACUAUAUUAUGAUAAUAUUUUGUUUGUUUGUUUUCUUUUUCUAUGUGGGUAUACAAAUUUAGGGGUCCAGUGGCUCAGCACACCUAGCUGGUAGUUUUGGAAAUGUGGUUUGGUUCCUAUUUACAGCUCAACCAGUCCACCUAGGUGUAAGUAGGUACUGCUGCAUGACUGGGAGUCACAGACCACAAUACUUCACACCUCUGCAUCUUAGCAUGCUUGUUUCUUUACAUAAUUCUUCCAUAAUGGCUCCCGUCGCAUCUUGAUAGUAUGAGACUGACUUUUAUAAGUCAAAUUAAUUGGUGGAAAUGUUUUUGGUUUACAUAUAUUUUGUUCAUCAGACUAAAUGCAUAACCAUUAUUUACCCGUUUCAUUCUUGCAAAUUUGUUGUUCUUAUUUAAACUUCAUGCAGUAAAUGUGGCCAGUUUAAUUAUUUUAAUAGUUUUCACUCAUGUUUAUUUUAUGUAUAGCUGAACUCAUACUUUUCAUUGAUAUUUAGCUCUUUCUUCUUCUCUUACUUUCCACUUUGCAGGUGCCAUAGAUCUCUUGAUGUAAUUUUUGUUUUCAAGGACUGAUCCACAUGGUGUUAUCCAUUACCGUCUUUCAUCAUACAUCAAGGUACACUUUUGUCUGUUAUUGCACACUUUUGUCUGUUAUUGCAGAUUAUGGAUAUACUGUGUUUUUUAAUUGUUCUACCUAUAGUGCUUUUUUUUGCAUAAGGGACUUGAAUUUUCAUGUUGUAUUCUUGGGGUUUUCAUUUGACUCCCUCAUUUUAAUUUAAUUCAUAUAUAUUCAUUUAUAUUCUUUAUUUCACCUGUAUUCAUUUCAUUCCCAUCUAUUUAUUCCCCAGAAAACACGAGCUUUGAUCUUAAAUAAAGCCAAAGAUUUCACCUUACAUGCUGUUGUGUGAAUCUUACACACUGUCUUAUCACUCACCCAAUGUAUAAAUUAAGACAAGAUCAUUAUUUUAUCAUUUCAGUCUGCCUCUCUGUCUAGAUAAGCUCCUCCUCACCCCUGCCAUUGUUUUAUGAUACAUACCAUCUCAGAAAGCUGUGAGGCUUGACCAGUCACUUGUACAGUACAGUAUGUCAAAAAGUUUGUAACCUAUUUUUGGUUAUGCUGUAAAUGGAUGAGAUCAGUUUAAAAAAUUUGUAUCUGUGAAACAGUUGAACAAAAUUUACAAAGAUUGUUUAUUGAGUGUACAGUGGACCCCCCGUAUUCACGUUCUCCGGAUUCGCGGACUCACACAUUCGUGGAUUUCUCUCGGGAACGUUUCCCCGCAAUAUUCGUGGAAAAUUCGCACAUUCGCGGUAUUUUUCUAUGAGAAAUAUCCACAAAUUCCUGGUUUUAUUAUCAAUUUCAUCAUAAAAAUGGUAUUUUCAUUUUAAAAUAAGUUUUUAAAUAUACUUACCUGGUAGUUACAUAUAUAUAGCUUAAUCCCGCCGAUUCGUCGC